AUGUCAGAAACGUCAUCCUUCCCGCCGAGUGCCGUCAGGGACAUUGUCGCCGAAGUAGCUACACUGCUCAAGGAGCGGAAGGAGAGCAUAUCGGUAGCAGAGACGGCAGCCGGCGGCAUCAUCUCCGCCGCCCUUCUCUCCACACCCGGUGCCAGCGGCUUCUACAAAGGCGGCCUCACGCUCUACACCCUCGAAUCCCGCAUCGCCUUCGCCGGCUGGACGCAAGAGAGCAUAGCCAACUACAAAGGCCCGACGCCCGACAUCGUGGCCGGGCUCGCCGACAACGUACGCAAGACGCUCAACUCAACAUACACGGUCGCCGAGAGCGGGACGGCGGGACCGACGGGCGGCCAGACGCGGAACAGGACGCCGGGAUACGUCGCGCUGGCCGUAAGCGCGGAGGGCGGCACGGUGACGCGCGAGGUCGAGACCGGGUUGGGGGGCGAUAGAGAGGCGAAUAUGGUGAGGUUUGCGGUCGAGGCGUUGACGUUGGUGAGGGAUGCGAUUAGAGGGGAUGCGAAGCUGUGA